UUCCACCCCACUGAGGGGAAGAGGAUGUGAUCAUGCGACCGCCAGCAGAAGGGAAAUUUUGAAAGCGAUCUGAGGUACAAAAGGCAGCCCACAGCCACCUCAGCGCGCAGAGGAGGCCCAGCUGCUGAGAGGAGGUGCCUGAGAGUGACCUUUGCAUCUGCCUGUCCAGCUAGCAUGGAACCAAAGAGGAUCAGAGAGGGCUACCUUGUGAAGAAGGGGAGCAUGUUCAAUACCUGGAAACCCAUGUGGGUUGUAUUGUUAGAAGAUGGAAUUGAAUUCUACAAGAAGAAAAGUGACAACAGCCCCAAAGGAAUGAUCCCACUGAAAGGGAGCACUCUGACUAGCCCUUGCCAGGACUUUGGCAAAAGGAUGUUUGUGUUUAAGAUUACUACAACCAAACAGCAGGACCACUUCUUCCAGGCAGCCUUCCUGGAAGAGAGAGAUGCCUGGGUUCGGGAUAUCAAGAAGGCCAUUAAAUGCAUUGAAGGAGGCCAGAAGUUUGCCAGGAAGUCUACCAGGAGGUCCAUUCGACUGCCAGAAACCAUUGAUUUAGGUGCCUUAUAUUUGUCCAUGAAAGACACUGAAAAAGGAAUAAAAGAACUGAACCUAGAGAAGGACAAGAAGAUUUUUAAUCACUGCUUCACAGGUAACUGCGUCAUUGAUUGGCUGGUAUCCAACCAGUCUGUUAGGAAUCGCCAGGAAGGCCUUAUGAUUGCUUCAUCACUGCUCAAUGAGGGGUAUCUGCAGCCUGCUGGAGAUAUGUCCAAGAGUGCAGUGGAUGGAACCGCUGAACACCCUUUCCUGGACAACCCUGAUGCCUUCUACUACUUUCCAGACAGUGGGUUCUUCUGUGAAGAGAAUUCCAGUGAUGAUGACGUGAUUCUGAAAGAAGAAUUCAGAGGGGUCAUUAUCAAGCAGGGAUGUUUGCUGAAGCAGGGGCAUAGGAGGAAAAACUGGAAAGUGAGGAAGUUCAUCCUGAGAGAAGACCCUGCCUACCUGCACUACUAUGACCCUGCUGGGGGAGAAGAUCCCCUGGGAGCAAUUCACUUGAGAGGCUGUGUGGUGACUUCAGUAGAGAGCAACUCAGAUGGCAGGAAGAGUGAGGAAGAGAACCUUUUUGAGAUCAUCACAGCUGAUGAAGUGCACUAUUUCUUGCAAGCGGCCACCCCCAAGGAGCGUACAGAGUGGAUCAAAGCCAUUCAGGUGGCCUCCCGAACUGGGAAGUAAAGACACACCUGCACUCCUCAUCCCCUCCUGAGGGAAGCCCAUGGACAAGCUCAGCCCAGGACCUGUCCAUUUCUGUGACAAAUCAACAGGAAAGGGCCCAGGGUUGGGAAGUUUUUGUCUGCAGGGGAUUCUGAAUGUAACUUGCCGCAUGGUGUACAAGGUUCCCCGGUAGCCCCUCUGUCCCUCUCUGUAGCCCCCAUGCAGGUAGAACAAGCUGUGCAGCCUCAGCAGGCUGCUCACCCUCUCCUAGGCCUCAGGGCCACUUGUGGAAAAUGAAGAAAUUCAACUAGGAGAUUCUGGAGGUUCCCCCUAGCUUAAAAAAAAAAAAAAAAACUUCCCUGUGAUUCUAACACUUGCAGAAGUGAAAGUGUAUCUAGUUGUUCUGCUGGUGUCCUUCCUUAGCUAAGUCUUGGCCUUCAGUUGUCUUCAAAUGUACCAGAACCUGAGCCAGCACUUCCCUUUGACACUGUUUGAAACUGUUGCUGAUCCGUAAUAUAGUACCAGCAAGAAACCCCUUUUGUUCUCUUUAGCCAUCUUCUACUUGCUCUUGGCCUUCAGAUCCUGUAACCAAAUGAAGGAGAGCUCUCUCUGUCUUCCUCAUCCUACUCAAAAGUGUCCCUAGAGCAGUGGUGGCUUUGAGGGUUUUGCCUUCUGUUACUUUUCACAGCCUGGGAAGUUGUAUCUUCUGGGAAAGAGACCCGGGGAGGCCAGGAGUAGCUGAGGGUCCUUUCUGUGCCCUGAAGCCACCCAGAGGAGCCCUAGUCCACUCUGGUUUGAGACUGAUCUGAGAGGGUCUCCUUUUGUUCCUUUCUGGAGCAUUUCUCUAACAUUUAUUACAAUUAGGAGGGGACCUCCACAUCUGUGAGAUUCUGUUUCAUUUGAGAUUUACAGAAAAAAAAAGUGGCCAGAUGGGUUCCCCCCCCAAUGGGUGAGUGUCCUGGGCAACUGUCUGGUGAGUGUGUCUCGCCACAGCUGCAGGAAGUGGAGGUGCUAAACUACCGGCCCUUCCGCUUGCUGGGAGAGGCUAAUAUCACAACUGCACUGAAAGGACUCAGAGCCACACAAAACUUCUGAGAGGAGCUGUUAACAUGGAGCAGCACCUUCAGUUCUCCACUUACUGAUAUUGUGUUUGUGCCUGAGCUUUCAGCACAAGCAGUAGCAGCUCCUGCUUGAGUUCUCAGGGUAUCAUGACCCUAUGAGUAACCAAAGUGAGCUAACCUACACUGAAAUUGGGAACUUGCUUGCAAUUUUUCACCCUGACCACUAACUAAUGAUUCUUUUCCAAAAUUGAGAAAGACAGCACCCCUUGAACCAGAUAUGUAUGUGAAAACAUAUUUUUCCAUUCCAGAGUUUUAAUUUUAAGGCCCCAGGAAGGAAAGGAGAGUAGAACACUUUUCCUGAUUUUAUCAACUCCUCUCUUGCCCUCCUUCAAUUCCCCUGUAACAUCCCUGAGGCUGUUCCUACUCCCAGAUUUUUUUUUAUCAGUAGCCUAGAGGUAAAGAACUUUUUCUCUGAUUUUUUAAUAAAUUGUCUUUAUAGAAUAUGCACAAGUUUUGCUACACUCAGUGUUAAAAUAUUUAUUAAAAAGAAGUCAACUUAAUGUUUUGAAAUAAAUAUAUGACUGUGUUUAAUGCA